CAGUGCGAGAAACAACAGCAGACUGAGCGCCGCUGUCAACCAUCGGCUCCGAUAACCGGACCACUAACUGGAAAAGUUGACUUGAUUUCUGUCUCCAGCAUUCCGUCUAUAGCAGGUUCAGACUCAGCCCUCAGCGGGGACAUGCCGGAACCCGAAGGGACUCGUCGGUCACCACAAGGUGUCCCUUACACCGAACUGCCGCACAUCGUCAACGCCGACGAGCUGCACUUGUUCUGCCGUUACUGGGAGCCCGACAGUCCGCCGAAGGCGCUGGUGUUUGUUGCCCAUGGAGCAGGAGAGCACUGUGGGGGAUAUGCUGACAUUGCUCACAGUCUGACCCAGCAUGGCAUUCUGGUGUUCGCCCACGACCACGUUGGUCAUGGGCAAAGUGAAGGUGAGAGAAUGGAUAUCAAAAACUUCCAGAUUUACAUCAGAGACUCACUUCAGCACAUUGACAUCAUGAAGGGCCGGUACCCCAAGCUGCCUGUCUUCAUCAUUGGACACUCAAUGGGAGGGGCCAUUUCCAUUCUGACCGCAUGUGAGAGGCCGCAGGAUUUUGCAGGUGUGGUUCUCAUUGCUCCAAUGGUUCAAAUGAAUGCUGAAUCUGCUACACCCUUCAAGGUUUUCGUGGCAAAAAUUCUAAGCCGUUUGACUCCAAAACUCUCUCUCGGCUCGAUCGAGUCAAGAUGGGUCUCACGGGAUCCCAAACAGGUGGAGGCAUAUGACACAGAUGAGCUAAAUUAUCACGGAGGGCUGCGCGUCUCAUUCGGAAUGCAGCUGAUGGAUGCGGCUACUCGCAUUGAGAGAGAAUUACCCAACAUCACGUGGCCCUUCUUUAUUCUCCAUGGCGACGCCGACAAGCUUUGUGACAUCAGAGGCUCUCAACUGAUGUAUAACGAGGUCAAGAGCACUGAUAAAAAACUGAAGGUAUAUGAAGAAGCCUACCAUGCCCUGCAUCAUGACUUACCCGACACAGUUGAGUCUGUCUUAAAGGAGGUGAGCACCUGGAUCCUGGAGAGACUCCCCACCCCUCAUGGGUCUUAGCUGUCAAUCACCGCAUGCACACUUGCCUAAGCCCCGCCCUCUAUCAAAUCUUUCAUCUCUACUGACUAAGGGAUGUCUGAUUGCACUACAUGCCAACAAAACUACCCUCAUUAAAAUUACCUAGGUGAUGUAAGAG